AAUAUAUUAAAAAAAGUCUUAGUUACACAUUUCUUUACUUCUAUUCUAUUUCUUCUUCUAUUCUAUAUUAUCUAUGGCAUGGGCUCUUGACUAAUGUCUCGCAUCGUACGAGAUGUGAGUUAUUUUCUAUUAAUUAUUGUUGAUAGUUUGUUAGCUGUGAUCUUUUACGCUCUAAAAACUUUUGUAAACAUUGUAAAGACUGUAUUGAAUUUAAUUAUCCAUGUAAAUAUGACAAAAUCGUCAAAGAAGCGAAAGAUAAUACAGAAUCCCGAUAGUAACCCCAUUUCAUUCAAGCGGGGUGCGAUAGAUGAGAAUUGGCAGAAACUUCUAUCUAGCACGUUAUUUAUGGAACAGAAACAUGACAAAACUGAGGCGAAAGAUAAAAAACACUACACAGGCACCUUCCGGCGAACGAGGAAAGAGAAAAACAAGACCGAAACUGAGGCAGUUGAAAAUAAUUUAGGUACAUUAAAUAUAUCAGAAAAAACAUCGGAGGUACAGAGAGACUUCGAUAAAAAUAAAAAUGAAAACAGGAAUAAGUUAACGAAAUUUCUGGCAAUGGAUUGUGAGAUGGUCGGUGUUGGUUACGAGGGUAAUGACCACAUGAUAGCUAGGGUAUCAAUAGUCAAUAAAUUCGGAGACUGCAUAUACGACAAGUUCGUUAAAGCCAGAGAAGAGGUAGUGGACUACAGAACCAAAGUUAGUGGCAUCAGAAAAGAGGAUCUGUUGAACGGAGAAGAAUUUGCAACAGUUCAGAAAGAGGUCUCCGAGCUGAUUAAGGGAAAGAUACUCGUAGGGCACUCGUUAAAAAAUGAUUUAAGUGUGUUAUUUCUGUCCCAUCCGAAACGUAAUAUAAGGGAUACAUCUAGAUACAAACCUUUCCGUAAGAUAACCAAAGGCAGCACACCGUCACUGAAACGCCUGGCCAAGGAGAUACUCGGCAUCGACAUACAGGACGGGGAGCACAGCUCGGUGGAAGAUGCAAGGGCUGCGAUGCAGAUAUACUGUACUGUACAGAAGAGCUGGGAACAGGCGCUCAGUGAGAAGCGAGGGUACAGCAGGAAGUUUGUGGAGACAUAAUAAAUAUUUUGAUACAUGUU